CGACGGGGCGUCGUGCGCCACGCAGCCUCGAACGCAGAUCGCGCCGUCGAAGAAUCUCCCUCGCCCACUUCCCAAGAUGGCGACAGCGAGGGGUUCCCCGUCGAAUGGAGGUGCGAUAGGUAGCACGAAGCUCGAGUGGCCGUAGGCUCGCCCACACGCCGCGGCGGAUGUAUCUCGCGCUGCGAUGGAAACGAGCGUCGACGUUGUCCUCCAAGUGUACGACAUCGAUGUGCUGCACUGCUGCUUGGAGCGGAUCCAGACGCUGUUCAACGUGCGGUCCGAGAUCGUCGAGGAUUUCCCGUCUUCGUCGGCGCUGGGAUGCGCUCAGGAGACCGUCGUGCAGGGUUUUCCGUCGCUGCGGCCUCACGGCUCGGCUCACAACGUCCGGCUGAAACUCUGGACGGAUACGAGCAACCCCGGCGCGCUCAAGGCGUCAAAGGAGCUGCUGGCCGGCGCCUGCGAAGCCCUGCCGGCCGAUGCGUCGUCCCUGCAGCUGCAGCGGUGCGGCUCCACGUCCCUGGCGGGCGGCGGGGACCGGCCGGACCCCGUGCGGCGGAGACGGACCCUCGAGUCCGAGGACUCGAGCUACGACUCGGACACCGAGAACGCGCCUCCCGAGGCCUCCUCGGGGGGCGGCAGGCAGCACGAGGACGUGUCGCGCACCGUCUCCGAGACCCUGGGCGCAGAGUUCGCAGAGUACGUCAGCUCGGCGGGGCCACACUACGCAAGCAAGCUCGAGUUCGCCGUCAAGCUGGGCUACACGGAGGCGCAGGUCCAGCAGGCGCUCCGUCGCCUGGGGCCCCAGCCGGGCCAGAACGAGCUGCUGGCCGAGCUCGUGCGGCUGGGCUCCCGGGAGCCGCUUUCGGCGCCCUCGGAGGCGGCCCCGGACAGGGGAGCCAGGGCGGCGCAGCAGGAGGACGCGCUCAGGCCCAUCGUCAUCGACGGAAGCAACGUCGCCAUGAGCCACGGCAACAAGGAGCUGUUCUCGUGUCGGGGCAUCCAGCUGGCCGUGGACUGGUUCCGGGCCAGGGGCCACACGGACAUCUCCGUCUUCGUGCCCAGCUGGAGGAAAGAGGCCUCCAGGGCCGACACGCCCAUACGAGACCAGGAGAUUCUGCUGCAGCUGGAGAAGGAGCGGCUGCUGUUCUUCACGCCCUCACGCAACGUCGGGGGAAAGCGCAUGGUGUGCUACGAGGACCGCUACAUCCUCAAGAUGGCUGCCCAGACGGACGGGGUGGUCGUCUCCAACGACAACUACAGGGACCUGGUGGCCGAGAGCGUGGACUUCAAGCGUGUCGUUGAGGAGAGGCUGCUCAUGUACACCUUCGUCAAUGACAGGUUCAUGCCUCCGGACGACCCCCUAGGCCGGCACGGCCCCUCGCUGGACCUGUUCCUGCGCAAGGGCCGGUCCCUGCCGUGCCCCCGUCCCCUAGCCCCGUGCGUGGGGGCGGAGGGGGCACCCCCCGCCUGCCCUUACGGCAAGAAGUGCACGUAUGGCAACAAGUGCAAGUACUAUCAUCCGGAGCGGGGCAACCUGCCUCAGAAGUCAGUGACGGAGCGGCUGGCCGAGCAGGCCAGGCUGCAGCUGCAGGAGGUCAAGGCCCGGGGAGGCAUCAACAGCAGGGACUCCUCCCCAGGGGAGCUGCUGAAGACCAAAAGCCUACCGCCUUGCUCGGGCGAGGUUCCCAAGAAGAAGGCGCCCCUGUCACGGACCAAGUCCUCGGUGCCUACGGCGUCGUCCCUGCUGCCCCAGGACCUGCUCGAGGUGGACGGGGGAGGACACCUGUCCGUGGCCAAGCGCCUCUCGGACCCGGACUCGGGAAUGGCCUCCUACGGCCUCUCCAAAGGGAGCCCCGUGCUGGGGGGCGGUGCCGGUGGCGGUGCCGGGCCGGAGGAGACGCUGGGCUCCAACCUGCACCGCAAGCUGCAGCGCCAGCUCACGCUCAACCCCUCGUGUGACCCUCGGCUCUACCACCUGCGCAUGGCCUCCGGCCAGCAGCCCCACCUCCUGUCAGCACCCACGGACACGGGUCCCAUCCACAGGGCAGGCAGCCAGGAGAACCUGCAGCACCGGGCCCUGGGGCGCCUAAGCAGCGACUCGGGGCUCUUUGGGGCCGCCCAGGGGGGUGGCGCCUGGGGCCUGGGGGCUCCUCUGGCCUCCUCGCACCCACACCCUGAGGUGACACGGAUCGCCAGCGCACCCGACUCCACCCGGCAGCGCUCCCAGCUGCGCAUGCAGAGGCUCUGCAGCAGCUCCGACACCAGGUUGGACGCCCUCCCACAGGGUGCCCGAGGCGCGGUGUCGCAGCUGGCUUACCCGGCCUACCCGGCGCCCCCCGGACCCGGCUGGCUGGGUCUGCCCCUGGCACCCCCCCCCUGCGAGGUCCCGGCAGAGGCCAGCCCCCGCUACCGCCUCUACUACCACCUGUCCUCCAUCUUCCCGGAGGAGCAGGUCCGGGCCGCCAUGGACCUCUACCCAGAGGAGACCAACCCGCAGAAGGUGUGCGCCGCCAUCCUCACCAUGUUCCCGAAGGGGUAGCCGUCCUCCGCCGGAGCUCCCGGUUUCACCGGACGAAUGAGCCACUUCUCCGCAACGGUCCAGAAAGCCCAGGGGCUCGCCUUGUAAGGUCGCAAACAACCGGCAACGUCCUCAAGAGGGCGCUCACACGAGCACUGAAGAGAGCCGAGGAUCACUCGGAAGGGAAGAGUGCAACUUUCGAAUGAGGACAACGACGCGGGCUCGAAGACAUCGCGCGGGAUCGCCUUUUGUUCUCGACGCCGAACCGCUCUUUUGUUACGUCUCUUGGGAACGAGAAAGCGGGAGUGGCACCCCGCGAGCGCGGUUUGGGAGGGCACUCGUGUCCGAGCGUGCGGGCUCGGUCGGGACUUUGACGGGCGCACGCCUCGUCACCGGCACUCCGUCGGAGGCGAGACGAGGUGCAGGGUGUUUCGAGGAUGGCCCCAGUUCCCUUUUUGUACCGCGCUGCCACCGUCGAGGAAGUCGGGGCAGCUGGAACCGCUCUUUGGGAGCACGUUUUGAGGUGUUUACCACCUUUCUUUAAAAAAAUUUUCAAAGUGUGUGCCACUGUUUUUUUUCUACAAAGAACUCGUUUCUGCGACAUUGUCUGUGUUUCAAGUGCGCGUGUGUCGGGGUGUUAGCCCAACACCCUCCAAAUGCAAUUUUAAAGGAGAGCGACUGAACUCGGUCGGCGUUCGGCCAGGCUCGUCUCGUUAGGAUGUACAGUACACUCGUAGUUGCCGCACUGCCUGGAGGAUGUUCAAGUGUUGCCUCUUGUAUCGCUUUCUACCGACACUGCUCCGAAGCAAUUUGAAAUGUCUGUAUGUGUUACGACGUGCACACCGUUUUACACCUGUUUGGGCGCGAACAUUUCGAGGCGUUUGUCUCGGACGUUGGCGGCGCACAUUUUCUACGUUCCGCGACAGCUUUGGGGACGAAGAACAAACAAAAUGAGGUUUGGAACAUACCGAAAGCCUGCGCAGGAGUUGUUUUGCGUCCAGUUCUUUCACGAGACAUAGAAGGAGGUGCCUCGCAACUCGUAGAGAGAAGCAACCUUGCUCCACAAUGUUGUGUACCUCAAAUCGUGUUUCUGUUGUCUAUAACCUCCACACUCGGGUGUAGCAACGGGCAGUCGGCCAUAAUGCGCCAUAACGACGCAAAAGAGAGCGAACAAAUUCAGAGUUUUACAAACUACCGCGCGUGCUUCUGUCUCGGCACAACGGUUCUUUGUUGCGAUUGUGAUACGAGAAUGCCACGAACACUGGGAUCUCGCUUGGCCGCGUUUCCCACGUAUGGAUGUGUGCGGCCGGACGACCGACAGCUGCCCUUGUUUUGGAUAUACCAGAUAUACCACAACCUCUUUUUGGUGUGGCCACGUCGCCCGAUAAGCCGACUAACGUGACAAAGAAAAAAAAGAAGAAGAAUCCGGGAGCUUGUUUGCCAUGUUUUUCUCGGGACGGGUUUGCACCGUGCCAUUGGCCGACGAGUGUUUUCACAGAGCGCUUUUUACCGCACCUUUUUUUACUGUUGGUGUAGACAAAGUAGACGGCAGAGCACCGUGCUCGGAACAAAGCAAUUUGUCCGGCCGGUUGCGGAAGUAGCUUUUCUACGAGCCUCAGGAAAACUGUCCACCUCCCCUCGUCGUUUUUUUACUCGUCUCAACAGACGAAAUCGCCCCGCGCACAGCCCGGCCUCUGGGAGGCCAACUCUGGCUCCGUCGAGGACGCUCUCCUACGGCUCGUUUUACUCGAAUAAAACCAGUUUCGGAAGGACGCACGGACACUAAGCGUGCCUCUUUUUCGAAUGUGUCUUUUCGUAAACCGUCGCGGAAUGGGGCAGCAAUCAAGACGAAAGGAUCCACCACCCCUAACCGGAAUGCGCCAUCACCGUCAUUCUUUCGACCCUGAAUCCUGCCGCUCCCCCCCCCCCGUUUUAACAUUAGCGGAUAACGAAAAAGAGAAAAGCCUUUCUUGCGAUUUCGGACGAAGCAACAAUUAUUUUAAGCACCAAGACGGCCAAAGCGUCCUUACUUCGAAGCGUAGCUUAUCCAGUGGCUCUGGUGAGCGGCCAAUGUUGGUGUCGUGCCAUCCUCCGGUCCUCUGUCGUUCAGAGAGGAGUUGGCGAUUGGCCCGGACGCGAAAGGAGGAUGCCUUGAGAAUCACUCGCCAGUUACUAACAUGCCAUAAAAGAGGAGGCAGUCGCGCCGACCCGCAUUUAUUUAUUUUGCCUUUUUUUUUUCUUCACAUGUUGCUUGUGUUUGGAGCACUUGCGCCUGACACUGGUUGUCAGCGUUUGCUCUGUCGCCAUUGUGCAACGCAGAAGCGCGCAUUCCCUGGAGGCUGGUACCACGCGGUAUGUAUUAUUGAUGUUGACGACACGUGUCGACGGAGGUUAGGUCGGCCGGCGUUUAAGUCGAACGUUGGAAAGGUUUCCUUUCGGCGGUUGCGAAGGUGUUGCCGCCCAAGAGGAGGAGCGGAAAGGUUGACAAUAUGCCCAAUGCCUCAUGUAACACAAUGCCGGCGGGUUUGUCUCUUUUGUUAGCCAGAAUCAAGUGGCAUUGUACAGAACAAGCUCUGUUUUUUCUUUCUUGUAACGUCUGCUUUCGAGUCGCCCUCGUGUGGCCGAGAGACGAAAAGUACGUUGUUUUGACAACGCUGUUAUCUUCUUUGCAGGCCCUCCCCCUCCCCCCUGUUUUGUUUUUGUUUUCCCUUCCUCAUGUGCGUUGUAGAGUGAGACACUUAAAUUAUGGACAGCGGGUCUUUUCAGGAGAGCAGUUUUUGCCUAAGCACUAACCUUGUUACAAUACCAUGUAUUGUCACGUAUCGUAUUGGGUUUUUAAUGCCCUCCAGUUCUUACAUUCUUUUUUGUUACACACACACACACACACACACAUACAAAACUGUUUUUAUUAACAUACACAUUACAUACUUUUUUUUUUUUUUUCGGAUGCGAGUAUUUAAUGUGUGUCACUUCUCCAGACUUGUAAUAAAUGUUCCAUCUUUUUUAUUUA